AUGUAUGGUGUGUGCCCAGUUGUGGACCAACAAUGGGUGAAUUGUGCUCAAGCUCUUCUAUCUGAGAAGGCGGAGGGAGAGGCUUUCAGUGAUCAGGAGGCUGGGGGCUUGGUUCACGGCUCCUGCAAGGCAUUUCUGCACAGAAUCAGACAGAAUGCUGUGGAUAAAGCCGAGAAACACAUAACAGAGGAGAAUGUCAAGAUCUUGUUUUCCAACAUUGAAGACAUUCUUGACGUGCACAAGGAGUUCCUUACUGCCUUGGAAUUUUGUUUACAACCAGAACCUCAAUCUCAGCAUGAAUUGGGAAAUGUUUUCUUAAAAUUCAAAGACAAGUUCUGCGUGUACGAGGAGUAUUGCAGCAACCACGAGAAGGCUCUCAGGCUCCUCAUGGAAUUGAACAAGAUUCCCCCAGUGAGAGCAUUCCUCUUGAGCUGCAUGCUCUUGGGAGGCAGAAAGACAACUGACAUUCCACUGGAGGGUUAUCUGCUGACUCCAAUUCAGAGGAUUUGCAAAUAUCCACUUCUCCUCAAGGAACUAGCUAAGAGGACGCCCUCCAAGCAUCCUGAUCACCACGCGGUCCAGAAUGCAUUGCAGGCAAUGAAGACUGUCUGCACAAAUAUCAAUGAGACUAAGAGGCAGAUGGAGAAGCUAGAAGCCCUUGAGCAGCUGCAGUCCCACAUUGAAGGAUGGGAGGGGUCCAAUCUGACAGACAUCUGCACACAGCUCCUACUCCAAGGGACUUUGUUAAAAAUCUCAGCUGGAAAUAUCCAAGAGAGAACAUUUUUCCUGUUUGAUAACCUCCUGGUCUACUGCAAGCGGAAAUCCAGAGUUGCUGGGAAAAAGGCUUCUAAACGGACCAAGUCAAUCAAUGGAUCCCUCUAUAUCUUCAGGGGCCGAAUAAACACAGAAGUCAUGGAGGUGGAGAAUGUGGAAGAUGGGACAGCAGAUUACCACAGCAACGGGUACACAGUGACAAAUGGCUGGAAGAUACACAACACAGCCAAAAACAAAUGGUUUGUCUGUAUGGCCAAGACUGCAGAAGACAAACAGAAAUGGCUGGAUGCUAUAAUCAAGGAAAGGGAACAGAGAGAGAGUCUGAAACUGGGAAUGGAGAGGGAUGCGUACGUCAUGAUUGCAGAGAAAGGAGAGAAGCUGUAUCACAAGAUGAUGAGCAAGAAAGUGAACCUUAUCAAAGACAGGAGGAGAAAAUUAAGCACUGUUCCCAAGUGCUUUCUUGGCAAUGAGUUUGUAUCCUGGCUAAUGGAGAUUGGGGAGAUAAGCAAACCAGAAGAAGGAGUCAACUUGGGACAAGCACUGUUGGAAAAUGGCAUCAUUCAUCAUGUUUCAGAUAAGCACCAGUUUAAGAACGAGCAGGUGAUGUACAGAUUCCGGUAUGAUGAUGGCACUUACAAGCCGAGAAGUGAAUUGGAAGAUAUCAUGUCCAAGGGUGUGAGGCUCUACUGCCGAUUGCACAGUCUUUACAUUCCAGUGAUAAAAGACCGAGACUACCACUUGAAGACCUACAAGUCAGUAAUCCCUGCCAGUAAACUAGUGGAUUGGCUGAUUGCACAGGGAGACUGUCAGACUCGGGAGGAAGCCGUCGCGCUGGGUGUUGGACUCUGCAAUAAUGGCUUCAUGCAUCAUGUCCUGGAGAAGAGUGAAUUCAAGGAUGAAUCCCUCUAUUUCCGCUUUUAUGCUGAUGAGGAGAUGGAGGGUACAAGCUCCAAGAGCAAGCAAUUGCGCAAUGACUUCAAACUCAUUGAAAACAUCCUAGCAAAAAGUCUGCUGAUUUUACCAGAAGAGGAUGACUAUGGGUUUGACAUAGAAGAGAAGAACAAAGCAAUUGUCGUGAAGUCGGUGCGGCGAGGAUCUCUUGCUGAGAUGGCUGGCCUGCAGAUAGGAAGGAAGAUUUACUCCAUUAACGAGGACUUGGUAUUCCUGCGCCCGUUUCCAGAGGUCGAGACCAUCUUAAACCAGUCUUUCUGCUCUCGGAAGCCACUUAGGCUACUGGUGGCCACUAAAACUAAAGAGAUUAUUAAGAUCCCAGACUGCCACGAAGCACUUUGCUUCCAGAUACGGGGAGCAGGGCCACCAUACGUCCAUGCUGUCGGCAGAGGUUCAGAGGCUGCAGCAGUAGGACUCCACCCAGGACAGUGUAUUUUGAAAGUUAAUGGGAAUAAUGUCAUGAAUCAAAGUUACAAGGAUGUUCUGGAGCACUUUACAGCAUACAGGAACAGGCAGGAGUCACUGGGACUGUACCAGUGGGUUUACAGAACACAUGAAGAUGCUGAAGAAGACAGGGCUCAGCAGUCAGCAGGUAGUGCAUAUGUGAAUGGCAGCCCCUUUGAGUCCACUAAGGGAGACCUCUUAUUGGAAGAGAGUGCAGAACUGGAUCCCCUUCAUAAAGGCCAUCAGGAAUCAGUCCUGACACCGUCGCCCCUCAGCUCUCCUUUGAUCUUCGGUGAAGACACACCCCUCAUUAGCCUGACUGUGGACAACACCCAUUUGGAGCAUGGGGUGGUGUACGAAUAUGUCAGCAGUGCAGGGAUCAAAUGCUUUGUCCUGGAGAAAAUUGUAGAGCCAAAGGGUUGUUUCGAUCUAACUGCAAAGAUUUUAGAGGCCUUUGCUGCAGAUGACAAUCAUUUUGUAAAGAACUGCAAGAGGCUCAUCUCCUUAAGCAAUGCAGUGGCUACCAUGCCCCAGUAUGAAUUCCGGCAGAUGUGUGACUUUAAGCUGGAAAGUAUCAGCCGAAGGUUCACCAGCUACCGAGAGUUUGCAGAUGAACUGAAAACAAAGGUGAGCCCAGCCUUCAAGCAAGCCAUCAUGGAGCCCCACCCCCUCAGCAGCAUGGACUUCUGCCCUACCAACUGCCACAUUAACCUCAUGGAGGUGUCAUACCCCAAAAACACUACCUCAGCAGGAAGGUCGUUCAGCAUUCGCAUUGGACGGAAGCCCUCUAUAAUUGGUCUUGAUCCAGAACAAGGUACCUUAAAUCCAGUCUUAUAUACUCAACACUGCAUCACCACCAUGGCUGCACCAUCGUGGAGAUGUGUCACCCCAGAAGAUGACGAUUUCUACCCCCAUGGACAAUGUGAUGGUGGUUUUGGCCAACAGAAUGGGGGAGCAAGCCAGGAGGAACGGGGACUCAGCUUUCUGCUGAAACAAGAAGACCGGGAGAUACAAGACUCUUACCUGCAGCUUUUUAACAGAUUGGACAUUGCAGUGAAGGAGAUGAAGCAAUAUGUUUUUCAGAUAAAUAAGCUUUUGUCCUCCAUAACAGAACCUACAGAAACUAGUGGAUGUGAACCUCCAUCCACUGAUGAGACAUCGCCGCCUUCUCUGGGGGCAGAGGAGAGUGACACCGACAAAGCUGAGCAUAGUGGCAUGAAGAAGGUUUGUUUCAAAGUUUCUGAGGAGGAUCAAGAAGACUCCGGACACGACACAAUGAGUUUCAGAGACUCCUACAGUGAGUGUAACAGUAAUCGGGACUCGGUGCUGUCCUACACCAGCGUACGGAGCAACAGCUCUUACCUCGGCAGCGAUGAGAUGGGAUCGGGUGACGAGCUUCCCAAUGACAUGAGGAUUCCUUCAGACAAACAGGACAAGCUGCAUGGUUGUCUUGAACAUCUUUUUAACCAGGUUGAUGCUAUCAAUGCACUCCUCAAAGGACCAGUGAUAACAAAGGCCUUUGAAGAAACCAGGCACUUUCCAAUGGAUCAUGGUUUGCAAGAGUUUAAACAGAAGGAAGAAACAACAAUGAAGUGUCGGAAUAAUAUCCAAGUCAGCAUCCAAGAAGAUCCCUGGAACCUUCCACAGUGCAUCAAGAACCUUGUUGAAACGAUACAAAAACAUGUGGAAGAUGGGAAGAAUCAACUGCUUCUGGCCUUGCUAAAAUGCACAGACACGGAGCUGCAGUUGCGACGAGAUGCCAUUUUCUGCCAGUCCCUCGUGGCUGCAAUUUGCACUUUCUCCGAGCAGCUGCUGGCUGCUCUCAACUACAGAUACAACAACAAUGGGGAGUAUGAGGAGAGCAGCAGGGAUGCCAGCAAGAAGUGGCUGGAGCAGAUAGCAGCCACUGGGGUUUUGCUCAACUACCAGUCCCUGCUGUCCCCCACAGUGAAAGAGGAGCGCACAAUGCUGGAAGACAUCCAGGUGACCCUGUCAGAGCUGGACAAGGUUGCCUUUUAUUUCAAGCAGCUGGAUGAAAGCCUUGUAGCAAAUACUCACAUCUUCUACCACAUUGAAGGAAGUCGGCAGGCUUUGAAGGUUAUCUUGUACCUUGACAGCUACUACUUCUCCAAACUGCCUUCCCGGUUCCAGAAUGGGGCAAGCUUGAAGCUACAUGCAGUGCUCUUUACAAGAGCUCUUGAAAGCCUGGAGAGCCAUUUACAACUAGGAGGCUUGUCUGUAGAAGAACUUCAGCAGCAGGUUAAUGGCACCUCACUUGAAAAAGUGCAACAGUACUACCGUAAACUCAGGACAUUUUACCUUGAGAGAUCCAAUCUGCCCACUGAUUCCAAUACUACGGCAGUGAAAAUUGACCAGCUUAUUCGCCCCAUUAAUGCAAUGGAUGAGCUUUGCAGACUGAUGAAGUCUUUUAUAAGCACAAAACCCACCCAACCAGGAUAUUCCAGCAGUAAUGUAUCAGGAGCUGGUCUGCUGCCUAUAUCCUCAGAGCUCUGCUAUCGGCUUGGAGCAUGUCAGAUUACCAUGUGUGGCACAGGGAUGCAGAGGAGUACAUUGAACGUGUCCCUGGAACAAGCAGUCAUACUGGCUAGAAGCCAUGGACUUUUACCCAAGUGCAUCAUGCAGGCUACAGACAUCAUGAGAAAGCAAGGACCAAGGGUUGAAAUCUCUGCUAAAAACCUCAAAGUGAUGGAUCAGAUGCCGCCAUCAGCACCCAGGCUCUACAGGCUGUGCCAGCCACCUGUAGAUGGGGAUUUAUAAGAAUGAAAAGACACCCACAUCCUGGAGUCAUUGAAGUAUUCAGCAGAGCGCAACCCUGCCUGCAAAUCCAUGACAGCUGACACUGGUGGCACUGACUCAAGAGACAGGGAGAUGGUGCUGGGUGUCUUGCCCUUUUGGUAAAGAGAGAUGAACGCCUGGACCUGUACAUGAAGAAACUGCAUUUCUACUCCUGCAGGAUCCAGGCAGGGAUUCUGAUGGUUCCUGGGCUUGUUGGAGAAGUUCUCAAAAUAAAACCUCCUAGAGCUGAGUCGGAAGAACUCCCUUCUGCCAGAUGCCUAGCAAGUUGGCAGUUACAUGUCAAGGAACUGCAACUUUACUAAUGACUUGGUUGUGCUGCUGGCUGAACGUUGUGAACUUCAAGUUACAGAUCAGUGGAAAAAACAAUCCAAGACAGAGAGCAUCUGUCCACUCAAUAAUGCAUCUGGCAUCCAUUUAAUUGCCAGCAUAAUUUUGGUCAGUGGCCUUGAGUAACAGCAUCACAGAUACCACUUUUUAAUAUCCUGACCUGCACGUUUGAACAAUGAAUAGCACAAGUCUGGUUUAUUCAAAUGUGAACAUAAAAUAUUUCUUCUGGAGUCAUUUUCCAUUUCGUCCCAGUAAGAACCACUCUCUCUAUGCUGCCGAGUAUACAUUCCAUAAUACUUCUUUAACAUGUACUUCCUUUAACUUACUGCAGCUUUCAGGUUUGGGCUUAACACUUUUUCUUACUAAUGAUCAAUGAUGUAUUCUGGAAAUACAGUAAUAUUUUACAGGUGAGAUGGGAAAUGAAGGAUUUUAAAGGAAACAUUACAAAGGAAAAAAAUGCUGUCUUAUAAUCUGAUUAUUUGAACAGAUGUAGUUUUUAAAACCAGGUCAGAAAACUAUACUUAUUUAUGUGGAGUGGAAUAUGUUUUGGUACAUGUUAUUAUACAUACAAGAUUUAAAUAAAAAAUAUAUUGUUUAAAAUGGGACCAUUAUGCUGGCAAUUAUACAGCCCAUCCUAGUUUACUGGAAAAAAAAAUCUACAUUAUUUAAUGUCUUUCAUUAUUUAAGUAGUCUUUAAUAUAGCUAAGAUGUUUUAGGAAAUCUUGUAAGUUAAAAGAAAAAAAAAAAAAGGAAUUGUGUAUAUAAUGAACUUUAUUUUUUUCUAUUUCAAAAAUGGUCUCCAGUCUCUCAGUAUUAUCAUUUGUGCAGUAAUUUUCUACAAACUACUGGCUGAAACUAAUCGGAAAUAUCAGUGGUCUCAGGCCAGAAAAAAUGGUUUUUUUGGGUGUGAGUGCCUUAAUACGAUUCACCAUUGCUAACCACUUUCUAUAGAGGAGAGACCUAACAUUCCUCUCGCUCACUAUAAAGCAACCCCAGUCUGAUAUAGAACAACUGAACGUUGGGAAAGUCCAGAAGCCGUCUAAAGCGAGGUGUGUUCUAUGAAAAAGAAGGGUUUUUGUAAUAGUAGUAGUAGUUGUAGUAGUAUUUGUGGGGUUUUCCUUUUUCCAAGCAGGGCAUUAAUGGACUUACAAGUAUUCAAUUAAACAAAUCAAUCCAGCCCAAGUAUUAGGCCUCCCACCAGGCUAUGAAACUGUUUUUAAAUUUGAUUUCUAUAAAUUAAACCACAAAACAGUGAUCAUGAGAUUAGGGGGGAAGGGUUGUUUUAAGCUGCCGGAAUUCUUAAAAUGGUUUAUCAUUUGUGUUUCCGUCCCCCUUGGAUCAAAAUAAUUCGUUUGCGAGAGGAAGACCUUUUGUUUGUCUUCUUUACUUGUAACUACUUCUUCUGAUGCACACGAAUAGCACAGGUUUGUGGAAGUCCCAAGUCUGAGACACAGGGGUUCAUUAUUGUAGCAUCCAUUUUGCACUACAGUCAGAUCAGCAAGAAGAGUAUUUCAGAGGGCGUGUUGUACUUCUUGGCAAUCGUGGACAAGCUAAUUUUGCCAUGUGAGGUGGAAAAAAGUGCUGUUUCCUUACAAAACUAGCAACUUAAAAGGAAAGGCUAAUAGACGCACUCGGUAAAUAGAAAAAAAAGCACGAGCUGGGAUCCUCAUAAUGUAAAACAGCAUAACACUCUACUGACUUCAGUGAAGCUGUGCCAAUACGUACUGCCAGCUGAGGCACCUGACCCACAUUUUUUCAGUCCUACACACAUUAAGGUGCAUAGAGGAUGAUCUGAGGGCAUUUACACCGUGCACUGUUUUACAUAGAAAUGUAUAUUGUAUUCUCAUUGCAGACAUGGUAGAACUUUUAUUAUUAAAGUGUACUUUAUAUUACAAGAGGA